ACUCAUAACCUCAAAUUUGUAGUGUUUGCGGUUUGUGCUGAAAAAGAAUUUCCAGGGAAAUCUGCGAGUUUUUCACAUGAUGGAAGCCAAAAAGGAAGAGACAAUGGAAGUUGACGAGGAGAAGGUCCUUCCGGAGACAAUGGAUACGACUUCUGAAAAGAAAUCCUUUCCCAAUGUUAUGGCCAGUUCAACUACAAUUCCCUCAGUAACAAUCUCACUCCAUCCUCUUGUUGUGAUGAACAUUUCUGAGCAUUGGACGCGUAUUCGUGCACAGGAAGGAGCCCGGAAGCAGGUUAUUGGAGCUCUCAUUGGAAAGCAAAAGGGGCGAAAUAUCGAAGUGCUGAAUUCUUUUGAGCUCAAGUUUGAAUUUAAUCAGGAUGGGGAUAUUGUUAUCAAUAAAGAUUACUACAUUGCCAAGGAGCAGCAAUACAAGCAGGUUUUCAGUGAUUUGGAUUUCUUGGGAUGGUAUACAACGGGUGAAGCUCCAUCUGAGAGUGAUGUGAAUGUCCACAAGCAGAUUUGCCAGAUAAAUGAGUGCCCCAUUAUGCUUCAGCUGAAUCCACAAUCAAAGGGGGUUGAUAAACUCCCUAUUGGACUGUAUGAAUCCAUAAUCGACAUUGUUCAGGGAGAGGCAACGAUGCUCUUUGUUCCUCUGAAGUAUACUCUUGCAACGGAGGAAGCGGAACGGAUUGGUGUGGAUCAUGUGGCUAGAAUGUCUGCCAAUGAUGGUGGUGAGAAUUCUGUUGUGGCUGAGCAUCUAAUGGCACAGCAUGGUGCAAUAAAAAUGCUUCAUCAGCGCGUUAAGCUUGUCUUGGCCUACAUUAAGGAAGUUGAGAGUGGCAAAAUUAAGCCCAAUCAUGAGAUUCUGCGUGAAGUUUAUUCCCUAAGCCAUCGCUUGCCCAUCCUGCAGACAUCGGCUUUUCGUCAGGAAUUCUACAUGCAAUCCAACGAUGUGUGCCUCAUUACAUAUCUGGGGACUCUCACAAAGGGUUGCAAUGACAUGAAUCAGCUGGUUAAUAAAUUCAACGUUCUCUAUGAUCGCCAGACGAUGGGGAGGCGCAUGAGGAGUAUGUUCUUCUAAAAAACUGAAUUGAAAUACAUUACUACGCGAUACAUUUCUCACAGCA